UGUUCCCAUGGCUAUGGUAAUCCCUAUCCUAACUGCUCUAGCCUCUUCUGAAGCAGAGGUGGCCUUCACAGCAAUUCUUCAGCCUGUUGAAGAGUUGUGGCAUGUUGAUGGUUUUGGGAGAAUAGGACCUUUCGACACAGAGGUCACCUUGGUCCACGGUGAAACUCUGACUAAUGUUGGAAGCGUUUACUCAUCUAUUACAGGUGUGUUCACUGCUCCAGUGAGAGGAGUCUACUUCUUUACCUUCACCACCUACAGCUCUGUGGCAGAGGCAAACAUCGGUGUCAAGCUGAUGAAGAACAACGAGGAGGUGUUGCUGGUUUGGGAGAGGCAGGACGCAGGUGACAAUGAGGACUAUGCCUCCAACACAGUGCUACUGGAGCUGGAGGUGGGGGACACGGUGUACAUGCAACUCCCUAAAGGAUUCCAGGUUGCUGCCAGCAACUACUCCAACAUUCAUACCUUCAGUGGAUUUUUGCUCCACCAGUCAAGAGAGGUGGCCUUCACUGCAGCUCUUCAGCCUUCAUCAUGGGAUCAAAGUGGUUUAGGGAGAAUAGGACCUUUUGGCGUGGAGAUGACCUUGGAACAUGGCAAGGUUCUGACCAAUGUUGGACACGCCUAUAAUUCAAGUACAGGUGUGUUCACUGCUCCAGUGAGAGGAGUCUACUUCUUUACCUUCACCACCUACAGCUCUGUGGCAGAGGCAAACAUCGGCGUCAAGCUGAUGAAGAACAACGAGGAGGUGUUGCUGGUUUGGGAGUGGCAGGACGCAGGUGACAAUGAGGACUAUGCCUCCAACUCAGUGCUACUGGAUCUGGAGGUGGAGGACAAGGUGUACAUGCAACUCCCUAAAGGAUUCCAGGUUGCUGCCAGCAACUACUCCAAUAUUCAUACCUUCAGCGGAUUUUUGCUGUACCCCUAUAAAACACAUCCAAGAGAGGUGGCCUUCACUGCAGCUCUUCAGCCUUCAUCAUGGGCACAGUCUGGUUAUGGGGGAAUAGGACCUUUUGGCACGGAGACAACCGUAGUCCACACCAAAACACUAACUAAUGUUGGACGUGCCUAUGAUUAUACUACGGGUGUGUUCACUGCUCCAGUGAGAGGAGUCUACUUCUUUACCUUCACCACCUACAGCUGGGUGAGUAAUGCAAACAUCGGUGUCAAGCUGAUGAAGAACAACGAGGAGGUGUUGCUGGUUUGGGAGAGGCAGGACGCAGGUGACAAUGAGGACUAUGCCUCCAACUCAGUGCUACUGGAUCUGGAGGUGGGGGACAAGGUGUACAUGCAACUCCCUAAAGGAUACCGGGUUGCAGCCAGCAUAUACUCCAAUAUUCAUACCUUCAGUGGAUUUUUGCUCUACUCCAGAUAAAUUCAGUAGACCAUUUGUAUCUUUCAUGAAUCCAUUAUUGAUGGAUACAUGAAAGCAGGCAAUUCACUGUAAGAGAGGGGACAUUUUCAUAACAAUCAAGAUUA